ACAACGAGAGGCGUGUCCGGGAUUUUAAAGAGGUAAGAAGGGAAGCCCCGUAACUCCGGACAAAUCAGUCCGCUCCAGCCUUCAGAACGCGCGCAGGUUCGCCCCUGCGUGACAGCAGCGGCACACGGAGCGAGCGGAGGGAAUCCCCGCCUGCCGCCGCGCUCUCACCAAACGGCAAACACACACUCGCCCGUCCGGUGCAUCCGCCGGCCGCCUCGCGGGCAUGGCACGGGCCGAAGUUUGACUGUCGCGCCUGGAGUCCCGGUUACGGCGUCUGCCGCGGGCAGCUCGGAAAACCACCGCGGCUUUACAACCGAGCGUUUGCCGAGACACGAGGACGCCCGUUUCUCAUUGAUGAGGCAACCACCCAAUGAUUUUGAAAGUAUGGCUCUGAACGGGCCGCUUCUACCGUCUAUAUCAACCUUCUCCAGUGGCGCCGCCGUCCAGAGAAAACCCGCGGGGCAAGGAGCGUCUCAUUUAAGAUGGAAAGAGGAGCUGUCCCAUAUGAAGCGUCCAUGCGCACCGUCUGGAGGAGGGGGCUCUGAUCACACUGUGCUCUGUACCAUGGCCAAGAAAGAGCCGGAGGAGCUCGACCUCCUCGACUACGACUUCAUCCUGUCUAACAGCAUGCAGCAGCAGCAGCAGCAGCAACAGCAGCAACAGAGCCACCUACCCCAGCCGGAGGAGGCAUCUGCUAUGAGCGGCGUCUCCAGGCCGCCUCCUGGCUCCCCGGGACCCUACUCCUACCCGCUGACCUCUCCUCAGGGCCCGGCCACCACCGACAUGCUCUACCUGCCGGACCUCAACGACGUCUCCCCGUCGGGGGGCUUUGUGGCGGAGCUGAUGAGGCCCGAGCUGGACUCCGCCUACCUCCAGCCCCCCGCCGGUCUCCACGGCAAGUUCGUGGUGAGGACCACCAUGCAUGCGGUGGACUACAGCCAGGGGGCGACGGCGAGCAAGACGGGCGCCGCGUCGGACCCAUCCCUGCUGUUCUCGUGCCCCAGGAUUAAACAGGAGUGUCCGAACAAGUGCGCCGGCCCCCAGCCGGCCGAGACGCAUUCCUUCCCUGCCGGGAGGAGCGGCAUCGGGGCUGACCACGCCCCGGGCUCCGCCCUCUCCCAAGACGAGCGCCGCGGCUCUCCCUCUCAAGUGCUGGGUCCGCGUCCCAUCCCCAUGGCCCAGGUCUUCCCUUCCACUCCGGGCUACUCAUCCUUCCCUCCCGCUCCUGCCACGCCCUACCCCGAGAUGAUCUCCGAGGGGCUCCCGGAGGAGCCAAAGCCCAAGCGCGGCCGCCGCUCCUGGCCCAGGAAGAGGGUGGCCACGCACACCUGCGACUACGCAGGUUGCGGAAAGACGUACACGAAGAGCUCGCACCUGAAAGCGCACCACCGAACACACACAGGGGAGAAGCCCUACCACUGUGACUGGGAAGGAUGCGGCUGGAAGUUUGCGCGAUCGGACGAGCUGACACGGCACUACAGGAAGCACACGGGUCACCGGCCGUUCCAGUGCCAGAAAUGCGACCGGGCUUUCUCCCGCUCCGACCACCUCGCCCUGCACAUGAAGCGCCACCUCUAAGCACAGCGCUUUGCGUUGGUGCGUGCGAGUGUGUCCAAACCACGCGUUGCCUUCAAACAAGAGACAGCGAGAUGAGCGCUCUAUGACGAGCUGUGUCAUCCACGGCAAGGACAGCCUUCCAGGCUCCAAACGUACUUCUGAUUUUGGUAUUUGUUUGUCAUUGUGUUUAUUGUUGUUGUCGUUACUGUCUUCCAACGUAACAAGGACGCAGAGAGGCCGUCUGUACAACUGACACCAGUUUGCCGCGGGAGUUACUGGAAAGUCGUCUCUCCAUUGGGAAAUCUGGGGCAACUAAAGGUGCCAGAGGAACGAGAAGAAUUCAGACUGGAAUCAUGUAAAAAUCAGGGAUAUCUGGGAUCAAUGAGAUUGAUGUGUGUUGAAGCUCGACCUAAAAAAAGCUUUGGAUUCAGCAAGCAUUCAAGAGAAAGCGUGGGCCGAAACACACAACACUGUUCUGUCUUAUGAAUAUAUUUUUAUAUAACUCCUUUUAAGCCAUUAAUUUCAGGUACAAAGUAAUUUAUAAAUAUGUUACAGGAUGGUGCUCAGUAUACCCAGGUGUUUAUAAAGGUACCAAAGAGGAAAGCAGACAGAUGAAAUGUGUGCAUUUCUUGGGAUCCUUUUCUUCCACACGGCAGGCUGGAAUUCAGGGGACAUGUGGCACUUCUCCGUGGUGAUGGCAAUCUCAUCUGCACUGUGGCUCUUGGGUGCAAUAAUUUUUAUAUAUAAAUAAGACAUAUUUCAUAUUUUUGUAAGAAACCAAAAAAAAAAAUAACUCUGAACAAAGA